UUUUGUCCCUCUUUCCAUUUUCAAAAUGUUGAAUGGCGGUAAGGUUUAAUGUAUCUGCCAGUAAGUGUCAGUUAGGGGGUCACUCCCCUAUUAGUAGUUUAUAGUCCAUAAUAAAACAAUGUUUAAGGAAUCGGACAGAAAGUAAAUAAUAAGCGUUGCUAUGUGAGUGUACAAGGGCAGGCAGUACAGCCCAUUCCCUAGGCAGGAAACCCGGAAGGGAGUGUUUUCAGAUUCCGAGCGCUAUUCGCGGAUCCCGAAUUUAAGGCUCCAGUUCUGUUCACACUGGCGCACUCGUCGCUAAACUUGUAUAGCCCGUAUAUACACGGAGUUUAUUCACUGCAAGCAAAGCGUUUGCGGUUUUGCCCAAACUAAAUAUGGCGGCGCGGCCGGACUGCUUCCGGUCAUAUGACUGCCGCUGGCUCACUCACGCUGUAGGAAGUUCUGCUCUCUUGUUGUGAUCUGCAGCAGCGCUGCCCAGCCUGGCACCUUCGCUUCUGCUCCUGAAGUCGCCAUGUUUGGCUCCUCGCGAGGGGGAGUGCGUGGGGGGCAGGACCAGUUUAACUGGGAAGAUGUGAAAACGGAUAAACAGCGAGAAAACUACCUAGGAAAUUCGCUGAUGGCGCCUGUAGGACGAUGGCAGAAGGGCAAAGAUCUGACCUGGUACGCCAAGCAGAAGGGCGGAGGGGCAAAGCUAUCCCGGGAGCAGGAGCUGGCUGCUGUGAAACAGGCCGAAGAGGAAGCCAUGUUGGCUGCACUGGGCUACAAGAAUGUGAAGCGUCAGCCCACUGGGCUUAGCAAGGAGGAGUUUGCCGAAGCGUGCAAGAGGGACGGGGCGGAGAGAGACGAGAAGGAUGUGGACAGAGUCCUGGGCUUAGGAAGCUCGAGUGGGACCAGUAAAAUGAUGCUGUCAAAGGAAGACAAAGAAGCAGCAAAAAAGGGUUUCUCCAUUUUCACACACCAGAAGGCACAAGAAGCAGCUGUUGAUAAGAGGAAAGCAGAAGCAGUGGAGGAAGAUGCAAAGCUUAGCAGGAAGAAGGCCAAGAAGGAAAAGAAGAAGAAGAAAAAGAAAGAGAAGAAAAAGCAGAAGAAGAAGAAAAAUGACCGAGAAGAUUCCUCAUCCUCUUCAUCUGAUGACAGGGAAAGGUGGAGGAAAGCCGGCUCCCCGAGAUCUCAUUCAUCAUCGCCCCGGCACAUUGGAGCCUGCAGGCCUGACAGCCAUUCAUCAGCCGAGAGAGGCUCGCCGAGGACACGCAGGAGACAGCGCCAUGACACCCUUUCUUCACAUGAGGGUUCUCCUCGCCGGCUGGCACGGCCCCCCGCCAAGUCAAGAAGCCGAAGUCGUGAUCGAGGGGACGCACACCGGCGGAGGAGGAGGAGGUCAGGGUCUCCGCGAGGAGCCAAGCGAAGGCAUGACACAGACUCGGAUGAUUGAGUGAGGAGGGGCUGGAUAAGGAUGGUGGCAUCGGGGUCCCUAAACUGGGAGCAAUAAAGGUUACAGGAACCUAUUGACUUCUAUGCAGUUAGGGGGGGUAUGGGAUAUACUUGCACCAACAGUUUUAUAUUAAAUGCAUAAGUUUGUAUUUACCCCUGGGAACUAUGGGAAAAGUACGGUUGUUGUUUUUUUUAGUUGUAUAAGGGAAUACAGUUCACUCUGCCUCCUA